UCAAAGGCCAGUCUCUUUUCUCCACAGUCUUCUCAGCUCAGUUUGGGUCCCGCUGAGUUCUUUGUAAUACGAAUUUACAACCUUGACCACUUCCAUGGCAUUAUACUGAGAUUUGAUUUUUUUUUUUUUUAACACUUUGGGGCCUGUUUCUCUAAGCACCUUGGUGACGGAAACUGUUAUUGCUUUUACUUCCCGCUGCCCUUGGGUUUUUGCUUUAAUCAGUGUGUGGAAGCAAAAGCUCACAACAAAUGCCCGGCUUUCCGUGUGGAGCUUUCCCAGCCCUGAAACUCCCUCGCCGCCGUCCAGGGCGCCCCUCCCGCCACGCACGCUCAGAUGCGCUUCACUUCUGAAUCUGAGUCUGGAACGUGCACUUAACAAGUGCUACAGGCCUAUCCUUGCUGAGAGUUGCUUUUUGUUUUUUUUUAACUGCUCUCCCUGCUUUUCUCCUUUACCCUUCCCCUCUUCCCUGCCCUCAAAGCCUACAUCGCCCUUCUAGCUAGAUAAAAAAAAGUCCCUAAACACAUCUUUCUAAGGCGUGUCCUACCUCCAGCCCUAUUCCCUCCUGGAGCGCCCACUUCUAAACACGUGCUUCUCGUUACUAAAAUGGCCGCGGCAACGCCAAGAGGAGGCGGUGAGCGGCCCACCCACUCAGUACCCCCAAGCUCCCUCCCAUUGGAGGCCACUUUAUUCUGGGGUCUGGAUGGGGGCGGGAGGGGGUGAGCGGUGGGAGGGGCCAAAGAGAAGGGGCCCCCGGAAGGAGGGCAGGGAAGGCCCAGGGCGCGUGCGCAAAUCCCCAGCCCCUCAGAAGCCUCCAUCACCGGAAGUUGGAGCCUCCCCCUAAGCUCAGGGGCCGGAAGUGAGCGUUGCCGGGACGCAGGCGCGGGUUGAAGGCGACUGUGAGGAGAGCGUGUCUCUACCGAGGUAGGCAAGGCCUCGGCGCUGUGGCCUAGGGCCCCCCAAAACAACUCCCCUCUAACGUGAUGGGGUAUGUCUCCCUCACAACGUUUCCCUUUUCCGUCCAGAGCCUUUAGCCCACCCCCACCCCCGUUCUUGGCGCGGUUGUUGGGGCUCCCGCUGACUCAGGGCUGCUUCGUCCCUUCGACGCCCUGCCGGCCCCAGCUUCCUUCAGAGUUAACCCCCUCCCCGCCUCCUGCGCCCUCGCCCUGAUUUUUGUUGUUGUUGAGAAGGGAGAAAACGAGCAUUUUCCUGGGGCCCCAGAUCUUUUUAAGAGUGUACGCAGGGACGUAACUGUGUGGCGUCGUCGUUUUUCAUCCUUCGCGGUGAGGUGAGGCCGCGGUAACGGUCGGAAGAUGCUUAAAAGGCCCAGUGGGGCGGCGACGCCCUGGGACACAGCCUGCAGCUACCACCACCAGCUCCCCUCACCCCCCAAAAAAUCAGAUUCUAAAGUACUGUCUUUGGAGCCGAUUCUUCCCUGAAAGGAUCUGGGCGGGGGGGGGGGGCGAGAAUCAAAGAACAUAAGAUGAUUCUUCUAAUCCCCUUUUGUUUUAUGAGAUUUUUCUUAAGGUUUCAAAAGGUCGGAGUUUUCUUAAGCAGAACAUUGGAUUUUUUUUUUUUAUUUUUAAGAUGGUUUCCCUAACGAUUGUGGCCAACCAAUGGGCUGUGCAGCAAAUCUCCAAACUAGAGUUCCAGCUGGGCGUCGCGGCGGAGGUUCCAAGGCCGCUUAUGUCAUAGAAUGGGGGGAGGGAGGUGGAAUUGUGAGAGGGGCCGGGGCGAGCUUGCUCGGGGAGCCGGCUCUGGAAAUCUAGCCAGUUGUCUGAGGUUUCCUGUGGGGGGUGGUCGUAUACAAUUUUAACUUUUUCCCUGGAGUCAGGUUUUUUGAUCAUUGCUGCGUAGGUGGGGAAGCGGGGAGAAGGGUCUCUGGAAGAAGCGGAUUCCAUCCACAAAGCCAUUUCUUGCCUUUUUGAUCUUUCACGUUUCAGCACUUGGAUUCAGCUCCCUUCUUUUCCAACAUGGAAGAAACUUACAUCGAUUCCCUGGACCCUGAAAAGCUGUUACAAUGCCCCUAUGAUAAAAAUCACCAGAUCAGGGCCUGCAGGUUUCCUUAUCAUCUUAUCAAGUGCAGAAAGAAUCAUCCUGAUGUCGCAAACAAAUUGGCUACUUGUCCCUUCAAUGCUCGCCACCAGGUUCCUCGGGCUGAAAUCAGUCAUCAUAUCUCCAGCUGUGAUGACAAAAGCUGUAUUGAGCAGGAUGUUGUCAACCAAACGAGGAACCUGGGACAAGAGACUCUGACUGAGAGCACAUGGCAGUGCCCUCCUUGUGAUGAAGACUGGGAUAAAGAUUUGUGGGAACAGACCAGCACCCCAUUUGUCUGGGGCACAGCCAACUACUGUGGCAACAACAGCCCUGCAAGCAACAUAGUUAUGGAACAUAAGAGUAACCUGGCUUCAGGCAUGCGAGUUCCCAAAUCUCUGCCAUAUGUUCUGCCAUGGAAAAACAAUGGAAAUGCACAGUAACUGAAUAUCUCAUCAAGUAAGUGUUUGUUUUAUUUCAUUCUGUCUUCAGAUGGUUGCAAGAUUUAACUGGACAUUAAGCAGUUUGGGUCCAAUUUUCUUUAAGAUUAUGGUACCAAAUUAAAGCUUUGUAUGUGCAUGUGCUUUUUAAGUUUAUAGCCUCUCUCUUAUAGCUGUACAUACUAAUGAAUAGGCAUUUGCUGGUUAAAUUAGAAUUCUGUUAACAUGCCAAGUUGCUCAGUGCACAGUGCCUUUUCCUUUCUUCUUCUUUUUUUUUUUUAUCAGAGUUGCAUUCUGGAUCUAUCACAACUCUUUAAUGGGCUGAGAUUAAUCAGACAGCUGUGCUUCACUGCUCUGCAAUUCUUUCUCUGUACAGUACAGUUUUAACACUCAUCAGAAAAUUCAUACUAUUUAAUGAGCACUUAAAAGUUUUGGGUCUUUUAACAGUCUUGCACUGUUGACCUUAUCUGAAUAUUUGAUUUUGCAAAACCUCACAAUAUCUCCUAUGAAAAGACCAAAAUGUUUUAUUUUUCAUAGAUGAAUCCUUUCCUUGAGGUUACCCUCUGUUCCCACAGCAGAGCCAAGUUUAGUGCUUCAGAUUCUGUCUUGGCAAAUGUUACCCAACCACAUUGCUCCUGGCAGAGAGGGGAUAUUAUAAAUGGUUGGGAUGGAAUUAUUUCCCCACUGUCUUACAGAUAGUAGGCCAUCAGUGAGUAUUUAUUGAAUGAAUGAAUGAUUGGCCUGUUGCCUUCCAGCUCAUUCACUCUCUUUGGACAAUGAAGCAGAUGGAUCUUGAGUUUGGGUUUAUUUUUUACCAAAACAAAUGUUUCUUCUAGUGAAAAGCAGAAAAAAGAUUCAAGAAGCAAACACUCCUUAGCUUAUGAACAAUAUGUCAGAUUUUUUUGUUUGUUAUUGUUGGAUAGGACAGAAAAAUCAAGAGAGGAGGGGAGAAAGAAAGACACCUGCAGACCAGACCUGCUUCACCACUUGCAAAUCAACACCCCUGCCCGUGGGAAGUCGAGGGGUGGGGGUCUCACUCAAACUGGGAUCCUCGAAUGGGUCCUUGUACUUCACACUCUGUGUGCUUAACCUAGUGUACUACCUCCCAGCCCCCAGUCAGUUGUUUUUUGGUUCUAACAUCAAAUUGGUAUGUAUAUGUAGAAGAGAAAGGACACAUCACCUGGAUAUGUCAGAAAGCUUACACAGACCUGGAUAAAGUGUCAGCUCCAACUCCUCUGAUGUACUGCACAAUUGGUGCUCAUACAGUUUACAUUGCUACCUCAUAAAAAUAGUGAAAGUCUAAAAGAAACUCUAAACACUUCUCAUUUGGA